GCGAUCAUCGAUUCAGAGGCGGGUGGCGGUUAAUUAGAUUUUGUGUGUACAGUUUUUAUUGUAAAUACAAUAUGGAUUAUAGUAGUACAGGUGGAAUGAAAAGUCCAUUCUCUCCUAGAGUGAGGCAGUCUAUUUCUGGCAGAAGGCCUAUAGGACUAUCCUCGUCAAAGAAGAAUCAAAGCAAAUAUGGCCAGUCUGCACAGCAGGAAUCGGGUGAAGUCAUUUACAAGAUUGGUCAUAGUACCAUUGAAACUUAUGGCAUGCCUUUACCCGUGAUGGUUACAGAAGCACUCACGUUUGCAAGCGGUGAUGUGAGUGUUCGCAUGUCACCAUGUGGCUGGUGCUGGGUGGUAACAGGCCGCAGAGUCCUUGCCUGGCCGCAAGAGGCUGCUGGAUCAUCAUCAGGUCCUACUGCGGCAAGAGAACUAACCUUACCACAGACGGACUUGGCACAUAAGGCUGAUCUUGUUAUGAUAUUUUAUGAAGAUAAUGAACAGGCAAUGCCAUCAUGUGUUGGAGUAUCACCAGAAGGUGUGGUACGAUAUUGGGCCUCCAUUGGGCAAGAGGGGGCAUACAGUGAGAUAACCUGUGAGCUGGCGGGACAGGAGUGUGACAGGCUGGUAGCAAGGACUGAUGAGAGUGGUGCUACUGUGGGGUCCUUGCUGUUGGCAACAACUACUUGCACCCUUGUGAGGAUUCAUACUAGUCGGGAAGGCAGACCAACAGUGACAUGUCAAAUGUUAAGACCCCCAAGUGGUUGGCUUGGCGGCAUUGGUCGCCGUGUUUCACUUCUAUUCUUUGGUUCCAUGCCUGCACAUGCUGAUACUAAGCUAGUAGGCGUGGUGAUCCUGCCGCCGGCGGGCAAUGGCUCGGAGGACAACUCGGAGCUGGUGUGCAUGGUGGCGAGCGGGCCGCUGCUGCAGCUGUGGGGCGGCGCCGGCCUGCACGAGCACCACCUGCGCAGGCCGCUCGUGGACGCGUUCGCGCGCGCGCACCUCGCGCCGCACGGAGAGCCAAGUGCAAUGGAAAUAAUGGCAUUGGAUGUGCAUCCCAUUGGUGAUCGGAUGUUACUGCUCUUGGUGGUGCUGGUCGCCGCCUUCAACCAGAGCCGACCUAGUGAUAUGCGAUAUGCAUUAGCGCAGGUGAGCGUGGAGCAGGCGGAGAGCCCGCGCGUGGUGGCGCUGUGCGGCGUGGCGGCGCGCGCGGGCGACGAGCCGCCGCGCUGCGCCCCGCUGCCCCCCGCGCCGCGGCCGCCCGCGCGCGCGCUGCUCUACUGGCCCACCGCGCUCGCCGUCGUGCCGGCCGACCCGUCGCUGUCGGCGGAGAAGGUGGAGCACGUGGACGUCGGGGCGGAGGGCGACCGCGUGCUGGGCGCGGGCGGCGGCGCGCUGUUCACGCGCAAGCACGGCCUGCUGCGCCUGCGCGCGCCGGCCCCCGCGCACGCCGCGCACCCCGCGCAUCCCGCGCACCCGUCGCAAUCAUUUAGUGGCAGCCCUAUGGGGUCACCGUGUCCCUCUGAUAUGUAUGAGGGAAACCUUACCUUCUAUGAGAUUGAUCCAAAUGAGAUAAGCGAUAUAACAACGGACGCGAUCGGCAAGCUGAAGCUGGCGUUCCUGCUGCACGUGCGGUGCGAGGGCGUGGGUGCGGCAGGUGCGGCAGGUGCGGCCGGUGCGGCCGGUGCGGCGCGCGUUCUCGCCGAGCUGUUCCCCGCGCGCGCGGCGGGCGACGUGGACGCGCCGCUCGACCGCACCGUGCUGGCGCUCGCCGCCGAGAUGCUGGACGACGUGCCCGCCGGCGAUCCCAGGUGGCGCAUCCGGUCGGGCAGCAGCCGCGUGGCGCUGGGCAGCUCGGGCGCGCUGCACGCGGCGGGGCAGCUGCGCGACAAGCAGCGCGCCUUCACGCUCUACGUGCACUUCCUGCGCGCCACCGGCCUCUUCCGCCGCCUCACCAGAGUCAGCAAGGAGAGCGGGUCGGGCUGCGUGCGCACGGCGCAGGCGCUGGGCUCGCUGGCGGCGCGGCUGGCGGCGGCGCGCGCGCUGCAGCGGCUGCACCAAGCCGCCGCGCCGCUCGUCGACGCCGCCAUGCAGCACGUGGUGUCGCGGUCGGAGGAGGAGGAGCCGGAAGUGAGCGCGGCGCUGGGCGCGGGCUCGCUGAGCGCGGCGGACGUGGUGCUGCGCCGCGUGACGCGCGUGCUGCGCGUGUGCCGCGCGCUGCCCGCGCUGCCCGCGCCGCACGACGCGCGCGCCGCCGCGCUGCACGCGCACCACGUGCUGCGCCCGCUCACUACGAUCCUCAGCGAGAUGCAGAAGAGCGUGUCGCAGUGGGCGGCGUGGAGCGAGGCGGAGACGGGGGAGGGCGAGGCGUGCCCGCUGCUGAGCGCGCGCUCCGACCUGCCCGCGCUCGCCAAGUACCACACGCACGUCGUUACGCAAGUGGCGCACAACUGCGGCGACGCGACGCUGCGCGCGCAGGUGCUGGAGGGCGCGGCGGCGCUGGCCGACCUGCUGCUGGCCGCCGCCGAGCCGCUCGCUGCGCACGCGCCGCGCCUCUACGAGACGCUGCGCCGCGACCUCAUACAGCCCUACGUGACGGAGGGCCAGCUGGAGCGCGCGGCCGCGCUGGCGGAGAAGUUCCUGGAUCUGGAGCUGCUGGUGGACAUGUGCGUGCGCGCGAACAACCUCGACCGCCUGCACGCCUACCUCGACAAGUACGAGCGGGAGGGCAUCGCGGAGACGGCGUUCGCGCUGCUGGCGUCGGGCGGCGGCUUGCGGCGCGCGCUGCUGCUGCGCGCGGUGGGCGCGCGCCGGCCCGCCGCGCUGGCGCGCUGGCUGCGCGCCGCGCCCGAGCCCGCGCGCCGCGCGCUGCUCGCGCUGCACCAGCUGGCGCGCGCGCCGCACGCGCCCGCCGCGCACGCGCUGCUGCUGCUCGCGCGCCACGAGCGCGACUCCGUCGACCGGAUGGCGACGAUGGCGUCGCUAAGCAAGCUGUGCCUGUGCGCGGAGGAGGCGGCGGAGGAGGCGGAGGCGGAGGGCGACGCGUGGCGCGAGGCGGAGGAGCUGCUGGCGCUGGCGGCGCACCACCGCGCGCUGCCCGCGCCGCUGCAGCACGCCGCCGCCGCAAGACACGCGCCGCAAGACCUCGUGCAGAUGUAUCUUGACAGCGACAUCAAGUCGCUAACGGAGUACGACUACAAGAAGGCGCUCGAUCUCACAGAUUUUGUGGAAGAGCCUGAAGUGCGCGACCAUUUGCGGCUCAAGAUCUGGAGCGCGGCCAUCCUGUGCGAGGAGUGGGGCGGCGGCGCGGGCGAGGAGCCGCAGCUCUGCGUGCAGGCCAAGACGUUCUACCGCCUGCUCGAGCUGCUCAACGUUAUGGGUUCAGACAUAGAAGUACUCCUACCACCGCUGGAGCAGCUGCUGUCCCUGCCCGAACUGCAAGAGUUUGCCCGUGACGCUCGGAAACACUACCUACUCAAGUACACGUACGCCUGCCUCACGGACGACCAGCAAGACCAGGAGCAGGACCACGACCAGGACCAGGACAUGUAGACCGUAGACCGUUAUGUGGAAAGUGUUUAGGCCGAUGAAGGCAAUUGUAUAUGACCAACUUGGAGAGGAUGUGUAAAGGAUGGGCAUAUAAUAUUAAGUAGAUUAUAAUGGAUGAUAAAAAAAGAUGAUUGAGCAAGUGAAUGUGAAGUGAAUUUUUUAUAUUUCAAUUUUAGUGUUUAAAUCUAAUAUUUUUGUACGAAAUUAAAUAAUUUUUGUAAAAUAAAUGAAAAAAAUACACAAAAGAAAUGUAUAUAUAUUUAAUUACAUUUUUGUUUGAGCCAAGAAAACAAAAGAUACAGAUGUCUUUCCUUACCUGUGCAUGGAAAAUUUAAUCAGUAAUUGGUUAGAAUUAAAAUUGGGAAGCUUUACUAAAAGCACAUUGUAUCCAUUUGAUGGGUUGUAUUUGAUGUUAUGGCAACAAUUCAAUACCAAUGUUCUUAGGUACAAGGUGCGUAAAAUAAUCAUAUUAAAAUAACAUUAUUUUAGGUCUUUAGACUAGACGGCUUGAAGUG